AUGUCCACCACGCAAUGUCCCAUCUUUGUUGCUGUCCAUGUUGGCGCUGGACGUCUCUCAACGGCAAAGGAAGCGCGAUAUCGAUCAGCAUGCGCGAGAGCAUGUGAGAGUGCUAUGGCCAUGCUUAAAAAUGGCGAACAAGCGACCGAUGCUAUUGUUCGAGCCAUUAGUCUUCUUGAGGACGAUCCCAUAACCAAUGCAGGAUUGGGAUCCAAUUUUACUUUGCAAGGGACCGUAGAAUGCGAUGCCAGUAUGAUGGAUGGGCGGACCGGUACUUUUGGCGCGGUCGGAGCUGUCUCAGGCAUCAAGAAUCCUAUCACAGCAGCCAACAAGUUGGUUGAAAAGAAUAAGGAAGGAGUAAUGUCGCUGGGUCGGAUACCGCCAGUGCUUCUUGCUGGUCAAGGUGCAAUGGAUUGGGCGAAAGAGAACGGCUGUGAGAUUGUGGAUAAGGGAGCACUAAUGCACGAGUCAUCGUAUUCGACGUACGUAUCGCACAUGGCUCAGUUGUAUUCAGCUGCAGCGCCCGAUCCGGUCGAACUUGGCCAUGAUACAGUAGGAGCGAUUGCCAUUGAUCGGCGCGGCAAUGUGGCCAGUGGUGUUAGUAGCGGUGGCAUCUCUUUGAAAUACAGCGGUCGUAUAGGCGAGGCGGCUAUGUAUGGAUGCGGAUGUUGGGCACAAAAUAGCACCUACAGCAGUGCAGGUAUUGCCUGUAGCACAUCAGGGACGGGUGAGCAAAUUAUGCGAACCAUGUUGACAAGUAAAUGCGUGGCAAGGCUGGAUCAGGAAACAGAUAUGCAUAAAGCGAUAUCCGAUGCCUUGACCAUUGAUUUUCUCGAUUCGCCGAUGCUGCAGAUGUAUCCAGAUAAAUCGGCCGGGAUAAUUACACUGAGAAUGCAAGAAACCAACAGUAUACCGCGUGAGCAUCACUUUGUAUCGAUGAUCAUUGAAUGGAAUUAUUUAUUUUGUAUUGGCUCCUUAGGUAUUGAAUUCUGGUACGGACACGUUACGGACAGUAUGGGAAUUGGAUUCAUGUCAGAGACCUUUGCAAAACCCAAGACAUUUAUCUCCCGUAAACCUUGCCAUGAAAAACUCACUUGUUCAGGAUAUCUAAUACCCACACCAACUCUCUGA